CAGUGUGUGCUAGCUUGUGCCUGGGCAGCAGGAUUAGGUUAAUAGUUUCUGAGCAGCUCUUUGGUUCAGGCCAGAGCAGGGCAACUGGUGGCUUUGUGGGAAGAGAGAGAAACAGAGGGGGGAUGUGUAGAAUCUGUUACCAGAAAAAACUCCUGCUGUUGGAUCACUGGGAAACCUGCAAGCAGAUGUGAUGGUGGAGUGCUACAGAGACCGGACACCGAGGCAAUUAUCGGACACUGCACUAAACAGUACAGUAAGUGUUCCUAGAAGAUUAUUUUGCUUAGUAUCUGGAACUUGUACCUGACAUAAGGGGACUGCACCGCUGUCUGGAGCCAACUCUUGACCAGCUAUGCUACCGCAAAGCCCCAGACAGAAACCUCACAGAACAAAUGCAGAAUAUUCAUUAUGUAUGACUUGCAUUUACAGCUGCUGUUAUCAAAAUGUGUCACUGGAUGUUUUUUAAAUAUCUGCAUUUGAGUUUCAGACUGAACUGUCCAAGGUCAGUAUACGUAUAUAUGCCUCAUUUAUUCUGCCCCAUGUGUUAAUAAACUGUAAUGAAACCACACGGGGAUACACGUGUGUGUGCACACAUACAACCAGCUCAUCUUAUGUAAAUAACUUAUUAUCUAUGUUGUACAAGUUUUUUUUUUCCUCUCUGAUAAAGCUGAACAGGCGUAUUCAUCAGCGUUGCCAUAGGUGAGUCUGAGCAGUCUACAGAAGGGAAGGACAAAAUGUUGUACUCCUACUUUUGUGUGUAUUCUGACAGCAUCGGUUUGCCCUAGUUUAACAAACCAGGCAUUUAUUUGCCUGUUAUGAGCUGAGUGCACAGUAGCCAGAUGGAGACUGUUGAUCUUGGUAGAAAGGUCAUUCAUUACCUGAUAGAAAAGAUCAUUACCUGGAUCACAGCAAACACACACAGAUGCGGGCACACAAACACAUGGAUGUGUGCAUACACACAAACACAUUCAUAUAUACACACAGUUUUAUGCAGUUACCAUUCAACAGGCUGCGAUGUGCACAAUGGUCUCUGCACCUGCCGCACCUCAAAUUAUUAAGUUGCCACCCAAAACAGUUUUUCUAACAGCUUAAGUUAUGUAAAUGGAAUCUCAGAAGGAAACUGAUUAGUUGAAAGUUUGUUACCAAGUUAAUGGUGGUCUAAUUUACAAAAGAAAGUAUAGUCUACCAUUUUUUUCAGCUCCUUGCUGUUGGCUAAGAGUGCAGUAAAAGUAAAAUAGUAGCAAACUCAAAUUCUUAUUGUAUAUACUAGGCACAGUGCACAGUGUAGGAACCGCGGACCUACAAAGUUAAUGAUUGACCAAACCUCUUUCAUGGAAACUAUCACAUUUGGUUGCUAAGAGUCUGAGGAGAGGAAAAAGCUGUGUUACAUGUCCAACAGCUGAAGUAUACAUAUUAAUAUAUAUCUGGCAGACAUGUACAGUUUACAAAUGGGAAACAAUGCACAAUUUAUAUGCCUUUAACCAAUGCAGUAAAAAUGUUGUCUAAUCAGUUUUGGUUGCUUGGGCCAAAACUUGAUUUACAAAGUUCAUUGUGAAUGUGCACUGAAUGGAAAAUGAGGAUUUAAAUGCACACUCACAUGUUCCUUUUCCUGUCUGCUCAGACCGUUUCACUGGGCUGUGAGCCUGUCUUCUAAUGCAACCAGCAGAGUAGAUACUUGUUUGCAACCCGAAAAUAUGGUGGGACUAAGAAACCGCUCCACAUGGGAACCACUUCUACUCAAGGCCUCCUGCAUUAAGUCCUGUGCCAAGGGCUGCUCCUUGGGCAUCACAGCACACCUUACCUAUGCCAAUGCUGACACGGAGUCUGUAGAAGGUGUGUUUGUGUACCCACUUGGGGAAAUGGAGGUUGUGGUUGGCUUUGAGGCUACGAUUGCAGGCCGGCUAGUGGGGGUCCAGAUCCAGAGCCGAGGAAAGCUGAAGGACUGCUGUUUGGACUGCUGCUCUGGAUCUGGUUUUGAAGGUCACUGUGGGAAUGGCCGAGAGUGGAGCUGCUGUGGGAGCUCCAGCCACGACAUGCAAUGCACCAGCGGGCAUCUCAUCCUGGAUGAAGACCUUGAAAGAACCACCUUCAUUGUGGGAACAGGGGUCAUUGGCCCCAUGGACAUAGUGUCCAUUAUCAUAAGCACCACACUAGAACUCCCCACACUAGAAAAUGGAGCAGUCCGUAUUGUCUACCCCACACUGCUUACUCCGAUCAUCACUCGCCAGAUGACUCCCAGCAAGAGUGAAAAUGGGGUGAAAUCAGAAGAAACUGGAGCAACCAGCUGUUUCGGUGUCCCCUCAGGAAAACAGCACCGGGUGCUAGACUCUGAGCAGCAGUGUGCCUAUGCCAUCUUCACCAGUCCAGCUACCAACCUGGCACCCUAUGAACUCAGCUUCCAGCUAGUGGUCAGAGGGGCCUGCCUGUUGGCUGGGCUAGAGAGCCCCACCCAUGCUCUGAGGGCAGAUGCCGACCCCAGUGCCCAAAGUGCCUCUGCCACCUACAUCACCUUGGCACAGGAGCAUCCAUAUGAUAGACACAUAGAGAUCAUUCUGCACCUCAGUGAACCUCACAGCCCGUUGGUCAUCUUAGAGAAAGGCAAACUCUCAUUCAGCCAAUAUGAACAGCAGAUCUGUUCUCGUCGUGACUUUAUUCGAUGCACCCGUAAAGAUUCAGAACCAGGGAGAAAGCUGGAGUUUGUGCGGAAGCGGUACCACAAGGACAUUCUAAGCAGCCCUGUCUUGAUGCUGAACUUCUGUCCUGACUUGCUGUCUGAACCUCUGGAGCUGCACAAAGCCACAAGAGAACUACUUUUCCUUGUAGAUCGCAGCGGCAGCAUGAGUGGCACCAACAUCCACCGUGUAAAGGAAGCCAUGGCAGUGGCGCUGAAGAGUCUACCCCCUGGCACCAUGCUCAAUGUUGUGGGUUUCGGCACCACCAACAAGCCUCUGUUCACCUCUAGCAAGCUCUGCACUGAUGUCACUCUAAUGCAGGCAUAUGAGUAUAUCCAGAGGAUGAGAGCUGAUAUGCGAGGCACCAACCUGCUUGAGGUGCUGUCCUGGGUGUACCAACAGCCCAUGCAAUGCUCAUAUCCUCGCCAGGUCUUCAUCAUUACAGAUGGAUCCAUCAGUAAUGUAGCCAAAGUGCUGGAGUUGGUCCGUAGAAACGCAUGUGCUGGCAGAUGCUUUGGUCUGGGCCUGGGUCCUCGAGCCUGCAGGAGACUCCUGCAGGGCGUUGCCAAACUGACAGGAGGGACGACGGAGUUCUUGGAUGAUGAGGAGAGACUCCAGCCGAAGUUAGUAAAGUCUCUGAAAAAAGCCUUUGAACCUGUGCUCACCGACAUACGGAUUGACUGGUAUCUGCCAGAAAAUAUGGAGGCUCUUCUUUCACCCAAUGAAAUCCCUCCUCUCUACCCUGGGAAUCGCCUCAUUGGAUAUUGCACUCUGUAUGAUAUGACAACUUUUAAAGCAAAAAAGACAGAGUCUCAAGGGCUGGACUAUAAAGGUGUACAUAUUGGCUCCACGAGUUCUGUUUUUGGCCAAUCUGAUGACAAGCUUUCACCAGCUCCUGCCUCUGAGCUGAUGCCUGUGGUGACCAGUGCAGAUGGCAAUGACUUGGAGGAGGCACAGAGAGAGAUCUCCAGAGAAAUCUCCUCUGAGUUCUCCUGUGCCAGAGACACAGACCCUGGCAUCAGCCCUGGUGUGGAGUUAGACUGGUCCAGUGAUGUGAGGAGGAGGAUCCAGGAGAGCUCUUACAUCCAGGAGCAGUAUGUCCUCACUCACUGCUCCCUCAGCAGUGAACGGAGUCUACAGACAAAGUCCCGCUCGCAUAUACACACCACAUCCCACUCUGACUCUGCAGGCUGUGUGUUUCUGCCUGACCCUCGCUCGUCUGGUUCAGUGCUUGAUACAGGGUCUCUACCCCAAGGCCUUGAGAAGAUGCCCCAGAGAUCAUCUCUGUCUCGAUGGGCAGACUCUGCCUGGCGACAAAACCUCUCGGCUGAAACACCUGACAGCGUGAGAAAAAAGAAUGGACACCUGGAUGGAGGUGAGGAGUUUCGUAGGAGACAAAAAACACUGGCGCAUUCAACCAUGGCAGCACGGAGUUUCUCAUCCCCCCAGGGUGAGCUGGAGAUGCAUCGCCUCAGGAGAGCUCUGGAGAGGGUCUCCUUUGACCAAACACUGGGAGGGAGGCUGGAUGAAAGUGACGGGGAGAUGAAGCCCCCAUCACAUGGGACACUGUCUCAUGAAAGCCUCACUGACUCCAAUGGACUACUGUUCCCUGCCUCUCCCAUGGACUGGGACAGCUUCACAGACCCUGAGUACUUCUUCACUGCUGUUCCCCCAGAGGAUCCUCCUCCGGAUCAAUGCUGUUCCCUCAUCCAUGGUCUCCUGAACGGUCAGCCUGUGUCAUGGGAGGGCACCUUGGACCUAGGACACCUCUGGACCCUGGAGGGGAAUGAAACAACAGGAGGUGAAGGAUGUGGAAGAGGAGGAGGAGAAGAAGGUAGAAGAGGGGAACCAUGGGGGGAGAUCAUUCACCACCUGACUGCUCGCUCAGUUAUAAGGGACUUUGAGAAAAUGGCAGAGAUGGAAAGCGACAGUGGAUGUGGUUCAGCUAAGAGAUACCGCAUGAAGGCCAUCCAGACCAGUAAGCACUGUAACAUCAUCUGCAUGUACACAGCCUUCACUGCUACUGAUAGCAACGCCAACAAAGGCUUGCCAGACAGCAUGGAUGUCAAAAACACAGGGAUGCAUUUGGGGAACAGGCUAGGUUUCCAGUCAAGCAGUUGCAGGCAGAGGGCCUAUUCCAUUGGUUUGGGCAGGCAGCAAAACAAUAGAGAUGGUGAAGACAUGGAGAAUAUCUGGAACUCUACAGACAGAAAUGACAAUCCUGCCUCACCCUGUAGCCUUGCAUCCUGGGAGUCUCGUGUAGGGGGUAGUGCCUUUUCUGCUACAGCCCCAGCAAUAACUGGCACCUCAUGCACUCGUUCACAGCGAUCUAUAGAGAGCAAGUCAAUGGAGAGCUUCUUUGGCACCAGGUUCCCACUGGGCAGACUCAGGUCCUCUAUUUCUUCAGGAAAGCAGGUUCCUCUCAAGUCCCACUGUUUGUCUGCAGAGACUGAGAAACAACCUGAAAGUGAAGCUCCAGACUACCUGCCACUGGUACAUCUGCAGCUGGCAUCAGGAGCUUUUCUUCUGACUGAUAUCUACUCGGACUGUGUCCAGAUCCCAUUGGACCGGCUGAAAAGGGCUUCACCCUACAGCCUACACCGCCGUAGCCUCAGCCUGCCUUUCCGCUGCACAUCUCCCAGUGCUCCAUCUUUAUCCACAUCUGCCAAACCUCUGGGUGCUCCCAUCACUCACCAUGUUACCUUUUCUCCUUCCUCCUGCUCCCUCCCCAAAGCAACCGCACCUCCCUUCCACCACACUCCAAUUGACACACCCCUAAUACUGGAGCCCAGGCUUCGCCGAAGAUGCCUGUCUGACCAAGACCCUGUCACCUACCUCCCUGACCUCCCUAGCUCUGAAGAUGGGUCCCUGAAGCUAUCCGUUGGCCUUUCUCAGAGCCAGAGCCAUGGCCAGGCAGAUAGUGGUCGUGGAUCAGAGACAGAUGUAUGUGAAGGCUCUUCAGCAGAGCCAGGUGACCCCCAGGAGAGCUGCCAAUUGGCUCAAGAGGACCUGGAGGGUUCAAGCUGGGCCACAGCUGUGGCUCUAGCCUGGCUUGAGCAUCGCUGCGCUGGCUACUUCAUGGAGUGGGAGUUGGUGGCAGCAAAAGCAGACUUCUGGCUGCGCUGUCAAGAGCUGCCUGAGGGAGUGGACCUGGCAGGGCUGAAGGGAGCUGCCAGACAGCUGUUCCUGCUGUUACGCCACUGGGAUGAGAACAUCAAAUUAAACAUGCUGUGUUAUAACCCCAAUAAUAUGUGAGACAAUCGCCUCAGAAGCAACUGAGCCAGAGUUGCAUAUUCACUGAUUACCAGUGGCUGACUCAAAAGAAGCAAGACCUUUACGUGGAGAUGUAAUUCCUGUGGUUUGUCUGCACGGUCAGUUAAGAUCAUGACCCAGUGCAAAGUUCAUUCCAAUAUUAAGUUGCACAUGAAAAAUUUAACAGCUAAUAAUCUUAUGUGACAAGACCCUUUAGAUAGCAUGAACCAAGUGGCCUUUUCUUAUAAAUAUGCUUUAUGCAAUCACAAGAAUGCCUUGACCACCUGAAUGGGCUUUCUGUAGUCUCGGUUUUAGCUUAUUUUACUACUUUGCAAGAUGUAAAAUCAAAGUUGGUGUCAAAUGGGAA